UGACUCACUUUUCUUAUGACUGUUUGCUCUUCAGGUAGAUUUCUCAGUGGCCAACCAGAACCAUGGACAGCUCGGCAAAAGGAAAUAAAAAAGAUGCGCAAGAUGGACCACCCAAAGAUACGAAGCUGCCUACCAGCGAAGCACUUCUGGACUACCAUCGUGAGAUAAAGGAGAAUGCAGUGGAACGAAUCAUGUUUCAGAUCAAGAAGCUGAGGGACAGGAACCAAAGGUACCAAGACAGGAAUAGACGCCUCAAAGAAGAACAGAAAUGGCACAUAAAGAACCUCCUGAAAGAGCUGACCGAGGAGAAGUCAGAAGGAGCCCCGAUCGUGACAAGGGAAGACGUUGAGGAAGCAAUGAAGGAAAAAUGGGAGUUUGAAAGAAACCAGGAGAAAAACUUGAAAGAAAUGCGCUUACAAAUAAAUGAUGCUGAGAAGCUGUUUCUUGAGAAACUCAGUGAAAAGGAGUAUUGGGAAGAGUACAAGAAUUCAGGGAGUGCACAGCAUGCUCAACUCAUUCUUUCCUUACAAAAUGACAUCGAAACAGUCAAAGAAAAUGCCGAGAAAAUGUCAGGUCAGUUGCCGCAGAGUUCAUUCAAAUUCAAUAAAAUAAUGAGCA